GCAUGGAGUGCAUAUCCACGGCUCCUCGGGGUCGAACGCUAGCGUUCUCACAGAGGAACCCCACGAGAGCAUGCAGGACUGCGCGCGGCAGAGAUUCGAAUCGACUGAAGCCAAAUCUGUGCAGUUUUGUACAGAGUCACGGAUGUGCACAGUGUUCAGCACAGAAUUAACAUCAUCUGAUAUAGAAGACGCCCAGGUUGACAGCAGCUGUAUUAUUAUGAGGUUCUUUUGUGAUAUGCCAGCCGAUAGGUCAAACACGGACGGCGCCGCAUCAAAUCUCGGCGAUUCUGAAGCCGACCCAGGGACAAACUGUACAGAUAUCUUACAGAGUAGACCGGAAGCAGAAAGCGGCGUAUACUGGAUCUCAACAGGGGGCCAGGCUUUUCAGGUUUUCUGUGAUAUGGACUCUGACGGAGGAGGAUGGACGCUCGUCUGGAGUUACAACUUCACAAAUUUUGGUCCGGAAUUGACAGGUGCCUUGACCCCAAGACCAAAUUGGACGGUGAGCGAGGGCGAUGUUCCUAUCUCCAUCACUCCUCCUCUGAACGAGACGGAUUUCAAUGCUGUAGACUUCUGGCUCUGGAGUUCCAUAGGAAAUCAGCAGUUCAUGGUCAAAUCCACCAUCAACAACUGGGUCGUGUGUAAUGGAAGUAGCCUCGUAGAUUUCACGGCAAGCCCGUUGAACUGUGGCAUCGUGAAAAUCGUGGGCAACAGUUCAUGCUCUGAUAUUGUCCCCAUCCAAUUCUACGACCUAGGGGCGGUGAACAGCAGUCACCCGUUUGGUAGUAAAGGGCCGGUUCUUACUACGGGAAUAGGUUUGUCGAUUGUGGAGACGUCUGCGUACUACUACUUCCGGGCGUCCACCGUCGAGGGAGUCUGUCCCGCGCACGAUCCUUGUGGUACAGGACGUUGUGACGGACACAAACCGGACCCUGAUAUGCCAUAUGGUAACAUUUAUAUUCGCUAAGAUCUAGAAUGGUAGGACUCUGUGUUGCUCAACACCGGGAACGGACUGAGUUCAAAGGGCAGUUUACAGUACUUUCCAGCCGAUCAAGUUGUACUGAAUAAUUGUCAUUGACGAUGAAAACAUUUCGUCGGAGUUUGGAGCUUGCGAACUCAUAUUUUUGCAAAUUUCGCUGAGUCGUUAUUCUAGCUAUGUAAGAUACUGUAUUUGACGACAUUUGGAGGUCAGUAUCGUAGUCCAAGGAAACUAGACAAUAACACACUGAUUUCAGCGCUCAUAGCAUCAGUUGAAUCAAUCAACGUAUUGGAAACGUUUGUUAAGAUACUUCAUGGUAUAUUACCACUUCAUGGGAUAAAUACCUGAUUUUACUGACAAAUCGACUUCAUAGGAUGAAAUGAGACUUCAUCUUUGAUUAAGAUAUUGCUUGUGACUUCAUGAGAUAAUGGUUAAAAAAUCCCUAUUGCGUGUCCUACGUUUUGAAAGAUAAUGUUUUAGGAAAAUCAUGCUUUUGUAUUGUAUGUAUUAUCCAACACAGGUAAACUGUACGUUAUAAUUAUAUUUACAAACGUGUGUGGCUGAAAGGAAUUCUAGAAUAGAAACUUAAUUACAAUUGGGUGU